ACUUGUCUUGCGUGCCGGAAAGGAGCUCCUGCCUGAUAGAAAUGGCGGCGGGUGCAGAUAAGCAGCCGGCGACGAAGAAGAUGCUGGAGACUAAGAAGUUCACAUGGAAGAUUGAGAAUUUCUCGAAGCUGAAAGAAAACAAGCUCUAUUCCGAUCCAUUCGUAGCUGGUGGCCACAAAUGGAGGAUUCUUGUUUUUCCUAAGGGAAAUAGAUCCUCGGGUUGUCUUUCCGUAUAUAUGGAUCUUGCCAAUUGUGAAACCUACCCGCAAGGUUGGAGUGUGGCAGCUGACUUCAGCUUUACGCUUGUCGACCAAGUCAAUGGCACCUCAUCUCUGCAAAAGAUGACCAGCCACAGUUUUCACGCAAAGGAGCAGGACUGGGGUUUCACCACUUUUAUUCCAAUCAAAGACCUUCAUGAUGUUAGUAAAGGAUUCCUUGACAACGAUACGCUAAUCAUGGAAGCUGAACUUUCCACCGUUAAGUCUGCUAUCUUCACCGAAUUUCGAACUGAAUCUAAUUUCCUUGUACAGCAUGUUAAUGAAUCAUGUCUCACAAGCUAGCUUGCAGGAACCAAAAGCCAUCCAAGAAUCACUCACCCUGGAGCCACUUUCAGGACAGAAUCAUCAGGUGAUGACAUCCAUUAGCACAGGAACCACAAACCACAUAUUUAUCAUUUCCUUCAUGUUGCGUUUUCAGGUUCAGACUGAUAAUCCUGCCAACGCUAAUGCCACAGCCAGCAACCCCAUUUCUCCAUCUAGUGUGCAAUCCACUUCCAGAAAACUGAUAGAACAACUCUCAGCAAUGUCUAGCAGUGGUGGCUCUAUCUCUAGUCCGAAUCCGGACCAUGGUACUUCUAGUCUUCUGAUGCAGCAGCAAAGGGAGAAAAUGGUGGGGUUCCUUGCUAUGUCACUUGAGGCCAUCUCGCAAACAAAAUCACUCGAUGAAGUCGAGAACACUGCCCUCCAGCUUGCUGAACAUGCAACCGAUCCGGUGGAGAAGACGGUCCUAAAAGACUUGGUCUCGCGCCUUGCUGAGUUCAAGGAGGUCAUCCCCAGCUCUCUCUCCACCAUUGAAACUAGCCGCGGGGUGGAAUCAUCCGUAGAUCAAGUGAAAAAGGACAUGGAGGCCAGGCUGCUUCACAGGAAGAGACAACUGAGUUCUCUCGAGAUAGAGGUUUCGAGGCUGGGUGAAGAAGACAUGAAGCUGGAGGCAGAGAUUCAGCAGCUAUCUGCUCGCAAGGCUGUGAUUGUUGAUCAGAGGAAGGUCGACCGUGGCCGAACUGGACAAGGCCAAUCAAGAGGCUGCCAAGGAGUUGGAAGAGUUGAUGAAGCAAUGUGAUGAGAGCAGGCAAGCGGUGGAAAAUAGGAUGAGAGCCAAGGAGAGACUGGCUCAGUCCAAUACAAGUUGGAAGCUUUUCAAAGACAACUUGGGAUGGUAGACUUACUUAGUUGUACGUACGCAGUAGUUAGUCUCUUACCCUUAUUAGAACGGUUGCUUUCGGUUCAUAUGAUCAUUAUUAUGGUGUUAGGGCUGGUGGGUGAUACUUUUGGUCUUUUGAGAUGUAGACUUAGCUACAAUGCUACAUCCGGUCUUUGGUUCGGUGCUUAUGAUCCAUUUUGGGUUUAAGUUUAGCAAGAAUGACCAAUUAAUUUCCACAAUAUGGGUACAGG